AUGAUGACGCUGACACAGCCGGACCUGUCGCUGUGCGGUGUCAAGGCCGGCGGGGUGGUGGACGGCCUCCCAAACGGGGGCAGGGCCUACGUCACCGGCCGCUCCGGCUCCAACCGAGCGAAAGUCCUUACCUCCGACAAUGACAUCUAUGGUUUUCCGGCCACGUCACACACCUUCCAUUACAAAACUGAAGUUCUCAGUUCGGUUCGAGUCACCCAUACUGAGAAAAAUAGCGUAACAGGAUACUAUGUUGUGGUCCCUGAUUUCUUCCGUGGUGAUCCUUACAAUGACAGUAGAAUUCUUUCAGAAUGGCUCAAGUCUCACUCCCCGGUCACAGCUGCUCAAGAUGCCAAGCCACUCUUUAGCUUCUUUGAGGAAGGAUAGAAAUCCAUCCGGGUUGGUGGUUAUUGCUGGGGUAGAAAAUUUGCUGCAGAGAUGGCAAAAACUGAAGAUAUAGAAGCCGUUGUCCUUUCUCACCCUUCAUUAAUGACAGUUGAUCAUAUGAAAGCGAUCAAAUGUCCAAUUGAGAUCCUUGGAGCUCAGAAUGACACGAUCACACCACCGGAGCUAGUGCAUCAGCUUGACCAAACCUUGAGUGAAAGGAUGGUGAUUCCAUACUUUGUCAAGAUAUUGCCAGGAGUUGCCCAUGGAUUUGCUUGCAGAUAUAAUACCACCGACCCAUCCGCUGUCAAAAGCGCUGAACAAGCUCUUGCUUGCAUGCUCGACUGGUUCCACAAAUACUUGAAGUGA